AAGGUUCACCAAAAUACUACAUAGUAUAUAAACAGAGUUCCUACUUCCCUUCCUACUAGCUAGUCUCUGAAAAAAUAAUUUGUACAAAUAAAAUUCCAAGAAGCAAUCACUCUUCAACGCUUCUUGAUCACAUCCAUGUCUGAAUUUUCCCGGUCCAAACCAUGUGAUCUUCGCAGUCUCUGAAUUCCGCAUCAGCCAACACCUUGUCCACUCACUUCCAUCCUCCCUCUUGCUUGCUCGCCCUGGCCCCCACGUCUAUAAGUAACCCUUGACGCCACUGUUCAGCACACACACAAUCACACAAGAAAGCCUCUCAUCAGUGACCAGUCUUCACUCAUCAGUGAGAACUUGUGACAGACUUGUUGGCAAGAUGGUCGUCGGUAGAGUCACAGACGAGUGCCCGGUGGCCGUGCCACUCGAGCUGCUGUGGAAGGUGGUGUUCACCGGCGACGUGUCCAUCUUCACCAAGGCCUGCGUCGGCCUAGUCGACGCCGUGGAGGUUGACGGCGACGGCGGGCCCGGGAGCGUCACCACCAUGAAGCUCAACCCAGCUGUGGGUGACGCGAAGGUGUUCAAGACCCGGCUCCUGGCGCGCGACGCGGCGGCGCGUGUAGUGAAGUCGGAGCUGGUGGUGGAGGGCGGCGAGCUGGCCGGGCAGAUGAAGUCGCAGGUGUCCGAGGUGAAGGUGGUGCCGGCCGGCGAGGGCGCCACCGUGGUGCACAUGACGGUGGAGUAUGAGCGGGUCGACGGCGCGCCGCUGCCGCCGGAGGACGAGGCCAAGAUCGUGCAGGGCUACCUCAGCCUCAUCAAGAAGGUGGAGGAGUACCUCGUCGCUCACCCCGGCGAGUUCGCCUGAGCUGCCGCGAGAAUCUCUCAUCGUGGUGAUCGGGCCGGAGAAAUCCGUGUUAAGUAUAUGAUGGUGAUCAUGCCAUAGGUGUGUUCUUGAUUUGGAAAUUCGAAUAACGAGAGCAAGUGAUCCUCUGCUUGGUCGGUUAAUUGUGCUUGUGGUGUGGGGAAAACAACAGUUUCAGUUUUUGUGAGAACAGUUUAUGUUCUAUGUUCUUC